UGCGCUCUCCACAGUCAGAUGAAUCAACCUCAAGCCCAAGAUGACACUAUAGCUGCUAGCUUUAGUUCGCGCUCGCUUCAUUGGGGUGCAAUGCUCACAGGUCGCGCAGUGGUCGGACGUUUCGGGCUUUCUCGCGCUCUGCUCGAUGUUCCCUUCCCCCACUGUCGGGCCCUUUAUGAGGUCCCAUGUCAUGAUGCCGCCAAAUGCCGCCCUUCUCGAUAGGCUUUAUAAAGACCCUCGGCCGCUUCGUGGCAAGAUCUGACAAGUCAUAAACUCCCCAGUUUCCCACAUAUCCCGUCUCUCUUGUCUUCUGAACACGACAUGCCUGGCACGACAUACCCCGCUGCUUUCGAAGGUAUCCCACCUUUCCCGGACGACGUCGAGACCGUCCCUCUCCUUGUCAUCGACUACGAGCUCGUCAAGAACGGCGACGAGAAUGAAAUCAACAGACUUUGGGAGGCAGCGACGACGCUGGGCUUCUGGUACUUGAAGAACCAUGGGGCAGACGAGACGAUGCUCAGCAGCAUGUUCGCCAUGGGCAGCGAGGUCAUGAACCUACCGACUGAGGAGAAGAUGAAGUAUGACCAGGGCAACAAUGGUAUCUCACACGGGUAUAAGCAGCCUGGUAACGUCAACACCGACGCUACUGGCAAGAACCAAGACUCCGCCGAGUUCAUCAAUAUCUCCAAGGACGAUGCACUAGCCUACCCCGGUCCCUUGCCCAAGCUCAAAAUGGGCUACCCCGCACCCGCGGAGACCGCCAUGGAGGCCGCCAUCAAGCCGUUCAUCCGCCAGUCUGUCGAGGUCAACGAUACCGUGCUCGAGGUGUUCAACCGUAAGCUCGGCCUGAAGGAGGGCACACUCGCACGCAAGCACAACGCGUACAGCGGCAGUGAGGCGCGCUGCAUCCGCACCCCGCCCGCGCCCGCGGACGUCUCCCCGGACAAGGUCGCCCUCCUCGCGCACACCGACUUCGGCUCUCUCUCCUUCCUCCACAACCGCCUCGGCGGGCUGCAGGUCCUUCCCCCGGGCCACACCAAAUGGCUCUACGUCCGCCCGAUGCCCGGCCAUGCGAUCUGCAACGUCGGCGACUCGCUCGCCAUCUUCUCCGGCGGCGUCCUGCAGUCCAACAUCCACCGCGUCGUCCCUCCACCCGGCGACCAGCGCGCGCACGAGCGCUGGUCCCUCGUGUUCUUCACCCGCCCCAACGACGACGAACGCCUGCGCCCGCUCGUCGACGACCAGCUGCCGGGCAGCACGCUCAUUCAGGAGGGGCUGGCGAAGAAGCCCGGCUUGACGCAGACGGAGGAGACCGCUGGGGAGUGGCUGGCGCGUAGAACGAAGAUGCAGCGGACGGCGAACAUCAAGAGCGCGAAGGAUUUCCUGGCUAGUCGGGGCACGGAACAUACCCAAGUUGCUUAGAAUGAGCUAGUGUUCCAUUUCGAGGAUGUAAAUCAGUGCACUGUACAACCCAUGUGUAGUUUAUAUGUAACCUAUGUUCAUAUUCCGGAACCUCAUUCGAUAGACCUGGUGGACCCCAAAGAGCUGCCCGCAGAUAUCAUAAGACUACAGACCCUUGAUCAUUCGAACAGAUACCCAGAAUGCUCUACGCAUACGUUCUGUAAUCGAUGCAAAGCGAGAAUGAGAUGUGAGACUACACGAACGAAAGCAAAAUGCAGCACGUCUACCUACAAUUACAGAAAUAUACAGUAUCCUCUUGCAGCCCCUACCAACAUCGCACCUACACCUGGCAACCCACAUAAAUCUAGAACCCCAGCUGCUCCACAAAGCUCUGCCACGCCGCAUCGAGCACCGGCGCAUCCUGCAUAUGCCACCCCCCAGGCACACCCGUCCCCGGCGCAGGCGACGUCCCGCCAACAUGGUGCGCGGGCGUAAAGUUGUUCAGCAUGCCCGCCGGGAACCCCAUCGGGAUGCCGCCGUUUGCGCCUUGCCCAUUGCCAGUCCCAUGUCCGCUACCGGAUGCAGAGCCCGAGUUCUGCUGUCCAGAAGACCCCGAGACUGAGGAAGACAGCCCAGAGUGCUGAGGCCCACUGUAGAUCUCCGCGCCGAACGGCGCCUGCGAGCCCGCAAACUGCACGUCGGUCAUGGCGGUGAAGAACGGCUCCUGGGGUAGGUGGAGGUACCCUGGCUGCUGCUGGUUCUGCGACUGCUGACUUUGCUGCCGAUGGUGUUGCGCAUGCUGCUGGGACUGCGGCGAAGCCCCCGAGCCAGAUCCGGAGCCGGAGUUAUUGUAGUCGAACUGCGGGAACCCAUCGAAUAUCUGCAUGUCCUGCAUAAUUCGAGGGUGAAUAUCGUUCAGCGUGCUCCACCCCUCCGGACUCCCCCCGUUGGUGGCCCCGUUGGUGCCUCCGCCGGUGUCCAUCUCGUUGGUGCUGGUGGCCGGACAGCUGCCAUUAGCGAUACUGCAGCUGGGGCUUGGAGCGGUGCAACUCGGACUUGCAACGGCGCCAUUGCAUGGUGAGGCACCGGACGAGUUCGUGAACGCCGUAGGUGACGACCCGCUCGUCGAACCGGUCGCGUUAGAGUUGCCAUUGGUAUAGACGUGAUUAUGCGGGUGCCCUUGCGGGUUGACUGGGCUAUCCGGUGUAAACGACAAGCUCGCGAUGACCUGCGUGCUUCCUCCGCCAAUUCGGUCGAGCUCACUCUUGGUAAGGCAUGAUGCCUCCUCGCCGUUAGGAGAGUUCAUGGCAUCAUGUCCCUUCUCCCAGAGCUUCUUCACCGGCAUCUG